UGCUGCCGUUGAAUCUUGCGGAAUCGUGCGCGCUGUAUGCCUCGGUUCGGCGUGUGGGGGUUGGGCCGUUUCAUCCAGCAUUUCUGGGCAAGCAUCUCGGUUGCGAAGCCAAAUGGGGAGAGGGCGGUCCAACUGAGGACAUCUUGUGCCGCUACGAAAUCUUCCUUCCAUUGGUUCGUAUUCUUUGGGUCCGCGGAUAAGGCGAGGAUCUCCGCCAAGAUGCCGAUCAAUCUGGCUGGCGCCGAGGAGGGUGUCAAACAGCCUCCCAUCCUGGGCUCGGGUCGGCGCAAAGGUCGGCCGCGCAAGCUGCUGCUGCCUCCCUGCUGCUCGGUCGUGCCGCCGGCCAAGGCCACGGAGCUCAUCCACAGGACGAGGAAGGCCCGCACCCACAACGCCAUCACCAACUACUUUUCGCCGCGCCGUCCGGACGCCGGCGCCGUACUGGAGGCGGCCGAGUGUCCGCCGCUGGCCGGGCCGGCUUGCACGCCGCCCGAUCAGGGCGCCCGCCGCCGCCGCUCCUGUCUGGCGCUCGCCGAGGACGGCUGCGAUGAGCCGCUGGGCACGAGCUCGUCUGGGCCGCCGGAGGAGGCCGUGCUGGAGGCGGCGGCUGCCGGCGCACCGCGCACUCCCGUCAGCCCGCACAAGAUCCAGUCGCUGGACUGCCAGCCGCUGCCAAUGCGGCUGGAGUCGCGGCCGCGCCGACCGCCCCUCUCGCCGGCGCUCAUCCUCAACAAGCCCAAGCAGGCGCGCAAGGCUGCCUCUGCCAAGGCCGGCCGCAGCAAGCGGCCCAGCGGCGGCGGUCCGGCCGGCGGCGCCGCACUGCCGGCCGCCGCCGCCGACGGCAAUCACAAGCUGACCGACUACUUCCCGAUCCGGCGGAGCAACCGGCGCACCAAGCGGGCCCUGGAGGAGGAGCGCUCCUGCCAGAUUCGCAGGCGGCUCGCCAACGACUGCGACGAGGGAUUGGAGGUGGCGCUGUUCCCGGGCAAGGGGCGCGGCGUGGUGACCACGCGACCCUUCGCUCGCGGCGAGUUCGUGGUGGAGUACGCUGGCACGCUGGUGGACCUGGAGGAGGCCCGCCGCCGCGAACGCGUCUAUGCCCAGGAUCAGAACACAGGCUGCUACAUGUACUACUUCAACUGCAAGGACCACAACUGGUGCAUCGACGGCACGCCGGAGACGGCCCGGCUCGGCCGCCUGGUGAACCACAGCCGGCACGCCAACAACUGCGUGACGCGCUCGAUCGAGGUGGACGGCCGGCCGCGGCUCGUGCUGCUCGCCAGGAACGACAUCGCCAAGGGCGAGGAGAUACUCUACGACUACGGAGACCGCAGCAAGGAGAGCCUCGAGCACCACCCCUGGCUGGCUUCGUAGUUUGCCGGCGCUCGCACCGGCCACCCAUCACUGCCAAGCACUGGCGGCGCGGCUCGCCCUAGCCGCCCGGCGCUGCCUGCCCGUUUGUCCGUCUGUGCGUGUGAAUGUGUAUGCGCGCGUGCGUGCGUGUUAGCGCGUGGGUGUGCGGCGUCAGCUGUAGAGCGGCGCCGUGCCGUGACGGCCGGCACUUGCCAUUGUGUACACUCCGGUGACGGCUGCUGCGAUCGGACUGAUCAGGCAGAUGAAUGUGUGCGGUCGAGCGGCUGCAGCGGCGGCCUCUCCGUUGACUUCACUCAGCGCCGGCAGGCGGCGCUGGCGACUUGGCCCGCGUUCUAUGCGGCCGCCUCGGUGCCGCCGCUGUAUCCAGCCGCGCUCAGGAGGCCGAUGCGGAGUGCGGCCGAGCGCCCCGGGACCGCGCUACUGGUGCCCUCAGCGGCAGUGUCGCCGGCCUCUGAUCGGCCGCCGCUCCGCCCGGGACGCGACCGGGGCCAGAGCCGUGCCCCACUCAGGAUUCUGUGUAGUGACGUUGGUGCCGCGCUACCCGGACGCUGCGGCCGCAACCGGCCGACGCCCGCUCUGCCCGAGGAGGAGACCGCGGCGCCCGACCGACCGACCGGCCGGCCUGGCGCCGCCCGAGCUUGUGACGCCCGAGCCGGCGAACUGGCGCUGUGUUAUGCCCGAAGACGGCAUGUUAAACGCGGCGGUAACUGGGGCCUGGUCCCAGCCAACGUCUGGCAUUACCGUAGUGCUGUGGUUUACUGCGUUGCGAGAGACUGACGGUGGAGCAGGCGCUCUCGCCAAUUCCGAUCAGUUCCAGGUGACGCCUAUGUGCGCGACGAUCCACUAUGCGAACGCUGGCGUUUGCCGCACAGCUCAAGUAUUACCUACCAUGCCUCCUUGUUCUUGGUCUUGUUAUUACCUGUCGACGCCUCGCAUUUUUGUGUGGUAUUAGGUCCCGCGGACUUCGCGGCUUGAGCGCGCGCCACGUAGCGUGACAUGUUUUACUGGCAGGUGGGCGAUGUUUCGUUUCUGGCGCGAAGACGGUUGCGCGGCUUUGGACUGUUUUCGUAUUGUUUUCCCUUCAGCUUUCCCUCGUCAUCUUUUGUCUGCACUUGUUUUCGCGUGCGUUUGCUGCGUGUACAGUUUGGUGGUUCUGUCUUAAGCGAUAAGUUUGCGCGGCCGCCUUGCGUGGCGGCGGCGCCCUGUUCCUGCCGGCGCUGCUCCGCCGGUGCCUGUACCACUGCCGGCGGGGCGGCACCUGUAUCCGUGUACGGCGGGCGGGACCGAGGAUGUGCCGCCGAUGCCCGGAGGUCGAUCCCGGGUCUGAGCGCCGUUGGGGCCGACCCCGCUGUGACCCUGCUGACCCGCGGGCGCAGCGACGCUCGGGCCGCUGCGCACACCCAGGCGGCACCCACCGCUGUCGCCCGAACCAUGUAAAGUAUUUCCAUUCGUAGAAGUUCAAAUACAUUUUAGCCAGCUGUU